CCGCCGUAGUCAGCUGCGGCGAGCAGGAAGUGUCCGAGCGGCGGCUGGCAGACUGCGCGAUGGCCCCAGACCCCUGGUUCUCCACUUACGAUUCUACUUGUCAAAUCGCCCAAGAGAUCGCCGAGAAGAUUCAACAGCGGAGUCAGUAUGAAAGGAAGGGUGAAAAGACAACCAAGCUUACGGUGACCAUCAGAGCUUUGUUGCAGAACCUGAAGGAAAAGAUCGCCCUAUUGAAAGACUUACUGCUUAGAGCGGUGUCAACACACCAGAUAACUCAGCUGGAAGGCGAUCGGAGACAGAACCUGCUGGACGACCUCGUAACUCGGGAGAGACUGCUCCUGGCAUCCUUUAAGAAUGAGGGCACAGAGCCAGAUCUGAUCAGGUCCAGUCUGAUGAGUGAAGAAGCUAAGCGAGGAGCGCCCAACCCUUGGCUCUUGGAGGAGCCAGAGGAGACCAGAGGCUUGGGUUUUGAUGAGAUUCGGCAACAGCAGCAGAAAAUUAUCCAAGAGCAGGACGCGGGCCUUGAUGCUCUCUCCUCUAUCAUAAGUCGCCAGAAGCAGAUGGGGCGGGAGAUCGGCAAUGAACUGGAUGAACAGAACGAGAUAAUUGAUGACCUUGCCAACCUGGUGGAGAACACAGACGAGAAACUCCGCACGGAAACCAGACGCGUGAGCCUGGUGGACAGAAAGUCAGCCUCGUGCGGGAUGAUCAUGGUGAUCCUGCUGCUGUUUGUGGCGAUAGUGGUCGUGGCAGUCUGGCCGACCAAGUGAUGACAAGAAAGGGACCCCGGGCCGUGACACCCCAGGACGACGCCGAAAACCCAGCACCUCGCGGUACCCAGAGCCCGCGCUCAAUAAACCCCCAAGG